AUGCCGCCAGCCAAUACUUUUACAUCGUGCGAGGCAUGUAGACGUCUUAAGCGUAGAUGCUCAAAAGAUACCCCAUCGUGCCGUCUUUGUACUCGUCUGGGUAAAACAUGCAACUAUGGAACAGAACAUGCCAACCCAAACCUAAGAACCUCUAGCAAUGGCGGGACGGGUCAAGAUCGCACAACUCCUGCAACAGAACUAGACAUGCACCGAACCCUCAACUUCCCGUGCUCAUACUUUCUGGAUUCCGAUUUAUUCCAGCCAAUAUCGAGGGACACAUUGACAACACAUGACGGCCCGGUUUUUAUCGAGCAGCAACGACGCUUUACAACUGCUGAUACAUUCGGCUCUUUGAUAGAUCACUACGAGACUACCAUCCACCAGUGGCUCCCCAUGCUGAGCGUCAAGCGAUUACAGCAAACGGCAAAAGAUCUAGGAGAUUCAACUCGGGGCUCUGUUGAUGUUUUGGUCUUUUUAGCCCUUGAGGCUCUCGUUACUCAGAGUGAUGACUCUAAUGAGCAUACCAUAUUGCCACAAAGCAACACUUCAUAUUUGAACGUAAAGCAUGGUAGCUUUAUCGCUGAGAAUGGGGGAGCUAUCAACAUCCGACUGAUACAGACUCUCGCCUUGGUAGCAUUGUAUGAGUUCGGUCAUGGUAUCUACCCUGCGGCGUACUUAACAAUAGGACAGGCCGUUCGUCUAGCUACUAUGGUUGGAUUGCACAGCCAAAAAGAUGCAAAGCAGCUAUUUGUGGAACCGGAAACAUGGACAUUAUGCGAAGAGCAGAGACGAACUUGGUGGGCGAUUUUAAUGCUCGAUAGAGUUAUCGUUGCAGGUUCCCCGCAACUCCUUAUGGCUGCUCCAGAACCAAGCACGAAUGAUCUUCUUCCUUGCAACGACGAUGAUUGGAACAAUGGACGAAUAGGUUUCAACGAAGCACUAUUUACGCGCAACUUCCAUUCGCCCUCGUCCGUGGGACAGUUUGCUAGAGUAUGCCAAGCGGUCCAUAUGUUUGGCAAAGUUCUUGGCCACAUACGAGCAAGAAAAAAGGAUACUGACCCAGUCCAACUUACUGCCGAGGCGUUACAGCUACACAUAGUCUUAGCAGCGUUAGACCAGGGCGUAACAAGAAAGGACUGUGAGAUCACGACGACGCAUGGGACUUUGCAUGCAGCGUUGUCCCUGUGCAGCUUAGCUCGACUUCUGUUAUACAAUGAAUAUGCGUGUAACGAACCUAGCUUUAGCACGUCACGGGAAAGACUGGCCGCUGAGGUUGAAAUGCAAAGGAUAUCCUUGGCGACCAUCCAAGACAUUGUAUCUAAGACAAUACCACAGAUGUCGAGGCAAAUAGUUUCGGCGAGUCAACAACAAAGAAAGAGACCGACACAUUCGCCCAUCUUGGUUGGCUGCCUGUAUCAUGCAGCGACAGAGUGCGCGUGGUUUAUCAGGGAGAACAAUGAUGCGGAGAUGAUAGCUGGUUUGGAAGCCAUCACGCAAGCACUUGGAGUGCUCAAGUCUGAGUGGGCUGUUUGCGGUAGGCCUUACUUACCUUACUGCGUCCGAAAUUGA